AUGUCUGGACUUUUGGAUGAGACUAUUACUCUGUUGGUUGACUCAACAGAUACUUCUUCUAACAAUUUGCUGAAAGGAUGGUUAGAUGAUUUAUUUAACCUUGUCCCAGAAUAUGGUUUGAAUUGUACCCAGUUGAAAAGCAUAAUAAGGUUUGUUACCAUAUCUCCAGUUAUAACUGCAACAACUAAAGUAUUUAUUAUUGAAAAUUAUUUACUUCCAAACGAGGCCAUUGACUUGAUGGUGAUUAAGACAAUAAUCGACGGUUUAGGAACAUCAAGUUUGUCACAACAAUAUAAGUACUAUGCAUCAAGACAAAUUCAGGUAAGCCUUGUGAAGUGGCUUGUUCAAAACUAUUUCUUGUGGGAUCAUAUAAGUGAUGAGAUUAAUGGAUCGAUAUGGCUUCAUAUAUGGCAAUAUGAAUAUUUACAAAAAUGGCUGACCUACAUAAUUAUUUGGACAACUAAAUCUAGAAAUGAUGUAAGGAAAUGGAAACUUCAAUACUUGCAGAAAUUUGCAUUUAAUCCAGGGUACUUGGAAGCCAAUAUUUAUUCUGCAGCUAUUUUGGAUAGGUAUACAUCCAUUGUUGGACAUUCGCAAUCAAUUUCAGAUAUUAAAGCAAAAUUAGCAUGCAAUCAAAGAAGUUUACAAAAUUUUUACAACUUAGAAAUAAAUGAAAGUCAACUGAAACUGGUGGCCAAUAUAUUAUCCAGUUCUGUUAAAGGUCGAGCAUUUACACAAGAUUAUAUAAACAGUUCAGUGGAAUCAUUAAAGUUGCAAUUAACCUCAUCACAACAACAUAUAUCUAGCAACUUCAAUAGUUACUUGCAUAACCCACCAGCUGGACACAUAUAUAUACCAACAGUUAAGAAUAAUAAGGAACUCAUCUGUAAUUGGAGAACGGUUGUAGUACCAAAGAAUUUAGAAUAUAUAUUUGAUGAUCGCAUUGCUUCUUCAGUAAUCAUCACAACUUUAAUAAAAGAGGGAAAUAAUAUGAGUAGUCAAUCUCAAAUAUACAAUUGGAUAGAAGUACAAUUAAAACGUUGUUUUAACCUAAACGGCAAUUUAUCUGAACACGAAGUAAUAAUAAUUAUUAGGAAAAUUAUGAUGCAAUGUAUGAUAAAUAAACAACUUAUCCCAAAAAUUGCAAGUGAAUUUUUAACUUCAGAAUACUUAAAUAGAAGACUAUUUUCAUUCAAUUUUCUGUCGACUUCUUUGAUACCUCUGUUGAAUCCAACCAACAAUAAUGACAUGAGAAAAUAUGUGCUUAAGAUGUUAGCGAUGUGUCACUUAUGGCAACAAGAUAAUAAUAAUUCAACUACCUUAUUUUUUAAUCUCAUGAGAAGCUUUGUAGUAAUGAUAAAAAUAUGGCUGAAUGAUUCAGCAAUCUACAAUAGUAAAGAAAACAUGUUGGUUGCCGCCGAUAUAAUUAAUGACAUAUCAAAACUUAUUGUAACUGUUUACCUCAAUGAAGUAACAGACCGUAAAGUAACCAUCGCAUUAGUUUUAUUAUUUGAAAGUAUUCUAUCCUUCCCAUCACAAUGUUACAAGGAUGAUAAAAUACUAAAGAAAAUUAUGAUCCCACCUUCUUUAAUGAAUAAUAUUUUACUUUCUGAUGAUCCAAUAAUCGUAAAUGUUUGUUGUAAAUAUUUAAUAAAGUCAAAACAACUAUUACAUGAGAAAAGUUCCGACUAUAUGAUCGUUAACUGGGGAAAUCAAUAUAUCCUAGAUUUAACGAAUUACUUAUGGAGAAACAAAAUCACAAUUUCUAAAAAAAUAUUCGGUUUACCAAAUGAGUUCAUUAAAAGCAUUACAAAUAACUUAUACUUUCCAAACGUUAGUAACAUUUCUAGAGCUGUUUUCACUAUAACUGGAGUUCCGUCAUUAAGUUUUAUAUGCUCCAAGUACUUGCUUGAUUUAGAAGAAAGAACUUACACAAAAGUUCAUUAUAACCGUACCCUAACAGAAGAAGGCUUUAAGAUGUUUAUGACACAUAUUAACAAUACAUAUGCGGGAAAUAUACCUGGCAUUUGGUUAAGUGAUACCAAUGCCAUCAUUGAGUUAAGAAUCAAAAUAUUAAAAGAAAUGAUUACAAGUAAUUCAUCAUACUCCAUGAUCCCUCUCUUUUUAUUCACAUAUUUAAAAAGUCUAUCCAAAUACAAUGAGAAUAACAAAGACAUUGAAAGAACCGGUCAAUUAGCAUAA